CUUUCGAAUCAAAUUACAGAGAUACUCCAAUCCAUACCUGAAAAAGAGUAUCUAAAGACAUUUAACAAGUGGCUUGAAAGGAUGGAACUUUGUAUUUCUAAUAAUGGAGACUACUUUGAACAUUUAUUAAAUAAAAUUUAAAAAUAUAAUUGCUUCUUUAGUUUUUUAUUUAAUGUUGCCAUUACUUUUGGAACGCCCUUAGUAACAUUUCCAAGAGUUCACGAGAUUGUUUUAUAUGAAUAACGUAAGCGUUUAUUUCAUAAAUGGAAUAAAAAUAGGCAAAGAUAAAGGGCAAAAAACACCCUCUUGUCACCCUCCUUCAUGUCAAAAGAUUUUGAAGUACACCACAUGAGCCAUAUGUGCAGGGCAGUUUUCACCAAAAAUGUGCGAUGUGCCAAACUAUAAUAAAAGACCAUGGUCCUCUGUUCUGGGCGGGGCUAUCAGUUUAAUAUUUAAGGAAACCUUCAAAUGCGUUUGUGUUAGAUUCAGUUGUAGAAAGCUAUUAGCUUUGUUCGCUUACACCAAAAUUUGACGCUUAAUUCAGAAUAGUUUUGAGCAUUUGAUAGUGUAGAUUGUGAAACUGACAAAGUGAAGGGUGUUCAUCACGUACUAUUUCAUAUUGCAUAUGAAAUCAGGUAGUACUGUAGAAGGAGUUACACUGUAAAUUCUCUGACUCGGUGAUAGGAGGCUGUAAUAAUUAUAUCACAACCUUCACGAACUGUUAAGCAGCUUCAUAGUAGUCUCACACUAAAAUAUAUUUAUCAUAAGAUCUUUUUGUAUUCAGGUUGAAGACUUUAUUUCGAGCACUACUACAGUAGCUUUGAGUUCAGUUCCGGUUCAAUUUUUCAUUUAUGUUUGUGGAAAUGCCAGCUGUAUGAAUUCACCAGAUAUUAUUGGUGAUCCAAUUGAAGGUGCGUGUAUAGGGGUUCAAGUAAAUGUAACUUAUAUAACGACAUUGUAUGCAGUGAACAGUUGUGGAAGUUCCGUAACAAUAACAAAUAUUGUUACACAAUCGUCAGUCACUGGACUAGUGAAUAGAGCAUUGACACAUGUGGCAAUAAAUACAACUUUAUGGUCACAAGUUGUCACAUGGACGCCAACUUCUCCUCAAGUUGGGACUCAAAUAUUUUGUGUACAGGCUAUUAACAGGUGUUGUUAA